AUGCUCCUAGGGCAGGGCUACAGAGUCGUCUGUCCCGACCUCAUGGGAUUCGGCCGCACCGACGCCCCCCAAAUCAACCAAGCAUCGGACAUGGCUUACUACAGCUUCAAGCGCGCUGCUGAUGACAUCAUGGAGUUAGCUAAGCAGUUGGGCUGUGAGACCAUCAUCCUGGGAGGGCAUGAUUGGGGAGGAGCCAUCGCCUACCGAACCGCACUCUGGCACCCCAAACUCGUCUCGCGCCUCUUCGCCGUCUGCACGCCCUACUGGCCCCCCAGCAAGACAUACACGCCCCUCGAGACCAUGGUGCGAACGCGCAUGCCGAACUGGGGAUAUCAACUGCAUCUCGCGAGCGGCGAGGUCGAAGAACGCAUCAAGUCCAAGGCGCAAAUCGAGCAGUUUCUGAAUUCCGUCUACGGGGGUCAAGGACCGGACGGAGAGGCCGGCUUCAGUCACACGGAGGGGCCUUUGUAUGAGAAUUUGCCGAGGUUGAAUAGGACGCCGUUGGUGGGGAAGGAGCUGUUGGAGUUCUACGCGGCGGAGUAUGAGAGGCAUGGGAUGCGAGGGACGCUGUGCUGGUACAGGAACCGAGAGCAAAAUUUCCAGGACGAGCUGCAACUUGAGAAGAAGACUGUCGAUAUACCGGUCUUGUUCAUCCAGGCGACCAACGAUGCAGCGUUACCACCGAGUUUGUCGGACGGUAUGGAGCGAUUUGUUCCGGAUUUGACGAGGAAGGAGGUGGAGGCUAGCCAUUGGGCUUUGUGGCAGAAGCCGGUGGAAGUCAACGGGAUGGUUAGGGAAUGGCUUGAGCGGGCGGAGGAGACGAAAAGUCAUUUACAAGAAAACCAUUAG